UGCGAUUAUAACGGUUUCAAAUUUCUCGAGCAACACGCGUUAAUAAAAUAAAAAAAUAGUUAAAGUGAUUAAAUAGAAUUCAUUAGAAGAUUUUUAGAGAAAAAUAAAUAUAUUACAAUCAAAGUUAAUCAUAAAAGUGCGUAUAUUAAAUAAAAUUAACUAAUAUUGCAAACUAUGUGAAUAAAAAACAUUCCACAACACGGCCAUUUUGAAAUGUUUGCAAAAAAAGUUUAUAUGUGAAUUUCAUAAGUCUCAACAAUAAUAAUGGAUUGCAAUAAUACUGUAAAGGAUUUGGAACGCUUGGAAGAGCAAAUUUUUUACUAUAAACCCUCCCUUAAGUCUACGGAUCAGAGACAAAAUGUAAGUAAUUGUCUGCGCAACCAGUUAAUUGAUUCUAAAGCCGUUGUCCGGAUUCAACGUAUGGAUGCAGAAUGUGAGAAUUUAAUGAUAAGUCUGAAGCAGAGAUUAAUGUUAUUACAAGAUAUUUUAAUGCCAAAGGCCAAGGAGCGGCAAUUGUCACGCCAUGAAAAUGAGUUAAAGGACAAUGAGGAAGUAUUGAAAUUAAAUUUAUCCUCCGACUCCAGUGAUGACGAAACGUUAAGUAGCAUAAAGGCCAAACAAAGACAAGCAGAUUUGCAAAGAAUAGGAAUAGCUAAAAAGGGUAAAAUGAAAUCAAUUGAAGCACAGCUGGCUGAUACUUCGGAACCUAAUGAUUCUUAUUUACCCCUGGCAUUGCGUCGGAAACCAAGAGAAAGAAAACUAAGUUAUAAAAGUUUCAGUAGCUCAGCUUCUACCUCGCAUUCGCACAAUAAACGCACUACCAAAUUACAAAAUAAACAGGAACACACGGUCACUACUUCGGGAGUGGCAUUUCAUAGCGACGAAAUGUUAUUGGAGCAGGAAGAAGUAGAUACAACUCCUACGUUGCAUAUAAAAAUUCCCUCUUUACAUCGUGGUAAUGUACAUUAUAUUAUUUUAGAUAGUUUGAACUUUGCCCGUAAAGUUUUCGAUUAUCGGGCCAAUGAAAUUAAACAACAACAGCAGCAGAAAGCUUCCAUUACUCAUACGACAAGCAAAUCAACAAAAUCACGUAAAAAACAGGUAAAAUCUCUACCCUCAACAGUUGUUGAGCAAUUGACACAUCAAGACCAGGAAUUAGAAUUGUCGCAACUAAUACAAGAUGUUAUGGCUGAAGCUUGUAAUGAUGAGACUCUACAGGCCACAAAUGCUUUGGAAAAUAUUAACAAUAAUAUUAUAGAUAAUUAUGAUCCUAUAGGAAAUGAUAAUUUCAUCAACUACUCACAGUCUUCACAAGAGUUAACAUUUUCACAAAAUUCAAAUAUUAUAGUUGAUACUGUCUGCAGUACUAGUGGCGCUAAUAGUUCACACAAAAAGCCGCGUAAAAAUUCUAAACGUACAAACGAACAGCAGCAACAGCUACACGAUGAACCUCCCAAAAAAAGAGGACGUAAACCGAAAAAGAAAAAUGCUUCCGAUGAUCUACAGUUGCAACCACAACCACCCACUAAAAGUAAUUUGGCUAAAUAUGUAGAAUUUUUUGCAAAUGAUUGUGAGCUAUUGCCAGGUUCAACUACACCAGCUGCUUCAUCAACCCGUUCACAACCUUUAGUUUCAUCAACUACCCAUAAUUUUGAAGUUAUAGAUCAACUUGCUCCACAACAGCAACAACAUGAACAACAAAAUUCUCAGCAACAGCAGCCUAUAACGUAUUAUAUUGAUGGUGAUUGGGCUAAUGGUGGUCCUUGUCAAUUGGUUGCUACCAAUGGUAUGUCCGUCGAUACCAGACAGCUGAAUCAAGAAGAUAUGAAUGCUCCUUUUCAGGAUUUUGUUAAUUACAUUGACAAUAGUAGCGACUCGGGUAAUAAUGUUAUAGCCCGUGUUCUAGAGAACAACAACAGUUUACCCAUUUCAAUACCACUGCCCAUAGCAAAUCGCGGACUUCAAAAUAAAAAUCAAUCUCAAGCACCACCUACACGCCCAAUACAACAAACCAUACAAGCUUCAUAUGUACCCGUUAUAAAUAUACAAAUUCCCAGUUUACCAAACAACAUAACUAGUCCAACUGCCCCACCACCAGCUCACACCCAUAAAGAUGUUCUAGAUCUUAGUGUUAAAUCAAAGCCCAAUACCAAUAUUAUCACUAGCGAAGUAUUAAAUCUUAAUCAAAUAUCAAAUAACUUGGAAAAUUCCUGCUUAGUCGAAGAGGAUGACUGCGUGCCAUUGGAUCUGUCAGCAAAAAGUACAAAUGCAAAAAAACAAAUUACCGAUAAUAAUCAUGUUACUAUUGAUAAGCAAGAUGAGGAUUUUAUACGACGUCUUAUAGAACAAAAUGAUUUUGAAUAUUCUGCGGAUGCAAUGAAAAAAGGUGCUGAGGAUGCUCCAGCAUUAUCUUAUGAUAGUAGUAAAUCGUUUAAAGCGGCUUUGGAUAUGCCAUUAUUAGAUUUUGAUGCCACCGAUUUGGCACAGUUGGUGGAAAAUACAACAACAGCAAGUAGUAAAGAAGCGGAAAACUUAACAGAUAAAAUCGUUUACAAUAAUUCCCCAAAUAAUGAAGAUUCCAAUUAUGUCACCAUGUCUGCAGUAAACUCAUCUAUAGAAACUAAUCUACACUUUACAGAUCAAUCUACUACAGAAAUUUUCAAUAAGUUAUUAGAUAUCUGUCCAGAUAAUCAAUUUUUGGAUAAUAUAAGCAGUGAAUUCAUUUCGAAUGAUAAUUUAAACGAAAGUGUAUUUGAUCACUGUAGAGUAGAGAAUUCAACAAUGUAUGAAUCAGUAAAUCAAAAGCAAAACAGCAUUUGUGAUACAACCUCACAAAAGGAUAAUCAAGAUACAGAUAAUAGUACAUCAAUCGAUGAACCUUCUUCAUCUACUUCUACUUCUUUAGCCGUUCAAAUCGACAGUUCUAAUAAAACUUCUUCUAUAGAUUUAAAUAUUUCAAUGUCUUCUGAUAUGUCAGUUAAUUUUAAAUUUUGCGAUAAUAAUGAUCAGCAGGAGUUUAAAGAUGCUAAAGUAGAUAAAUCUGAAAAUUUAAAUAAAAGUGAAAAUGAAAAAGUUUGCAUAGAUCCAAAGACAACUACUACGAUAGAUGAGCACAAAGAAGUUCAGUUACAAGAUACAGAAAAAACUUUAGAAAAUAAUAAUAAAAAUGAAAAGUGUUUAAAUAAUUCACUAAAUAAUAAUAAUAUAAAUAAAGAUAAAACUAAACAUCUAGUUAACAAAAAAGCUAAUUCUGAAAAUUGUGAAAAAUCUGUAGCUGAUGAAAUAUCUAAUAAUAUCGAAAAAGUAAUAAAUAAUAAAAGUUUACAAAAAAGCCAAGAAAAUAUUACAAAAGUUGAAUCUGCUCCGGAAAAUGUUGACGAUAAAUGUUUAUCUAAAACAUGUGAAAUUAAAAUUGAUGAAAAAAUUAGUAUAGAUGUUGCAAAUACCAAAAAAGUAGCAAAUAAAUGUACUAAAGAUGUAAACCAUAACAAUAAAUCUAUGCUGGACACUUCUCACCAUCAAACCAUAUCUAAACCCAAAGAGAAUAUUGUAUUUUCGGUAGCAAAGAUAACUUUAACCGAAGAUGAUAUUUUGUAUAGCACCGAUAGUAGUGAUACCGCUAGUGGAAAAUCAUGUGAUGUUAACGAAGCGAAACCAAUGGAUAUUGACAACGAGAUAAAGGAAUCACAAGAUUUAAAUAAUAAAAAAGAAAAUACUAUUCACGAAAAUGAAAAGAAAGAUACAACAACUAAAAAACUAAAUCAAGAGAAGGAGAGUAAUAAUACAAAAUCUAAAGAAGCUGUGUGCAUAGAUAAUGCAACAAUAAAUUCUUCUAGUUAUUGCAAUGAAAUAGUAAAUCUAAGUCUUAGUGUAGAAAACGAUAACAAAACUUCUAGUGCAGAAAGAGAUGCAGUAAUGAAAGAUCUAACUAUUGCAAAUAUAAAAAAUACAAUUAUAGAUAAAGAACCUAAAUAUACCGACAAUGAUAAUGAACAUUCCAAUGAUUCCGUUAUAAGCUGUUAUUACAAUGAUGAUUUUAAUCUUUUAGCCAAUGAAAUGAAAACUAAUCAAAGUUCUUUUAAUGAUGUCAUGAAUUUGAGUGUUUCUUCUUUAAAAAAUACUAAUGAAAGUAGUGAGGAAGUUAUUUUAAAUAUUCACAAUACCGAUGAUGAGGAUGAUGUUCUAUUGAAUGCUGAAAAUAAUACGAAUUUGGAGAAUAAUGCUAAAAAAGAUAAAUCUCAAAAUAAAGAGGACAAAAUCGUUGAGUUGGAUAUAAAUCAAGAAAAUUUAACUCUCUUAGAAUUGGAAUCUAAAUUGGAAGAUUCUUUAGAUUUUGAUGAAGAUUUCGAUGAUGCUUUAUCGUUGGCUACUUCGUGUUUUGACUCACCAAAUGAAGAUCGUUUUGGGGAUUCAAUUGUUGACGUUGAUGAUACCACAAUAACCAGUGUCCCAAAAACAGCAGCACAGGAAGUGGCACAAAAUACUGAAAAAACUAAUACUACUUCAGCAACCAAAGAUUUAAAACAUUUCAAAAUACCUAAACUUAAUAUAACAACAACAACAAAGACACAAGAUUUCGAAAAUGAACCAACACAAACAAAACAAAAUACCACAAUAACAACAAAUACUGUGCCAAAAAUACAACUACUUACAAAUAUGGAAAAACUAACUAGAACGGUUAAAAAUGAUUUAAUACAAUCUCAAGAAAAUCCUAAAGAUAUUAAUUUAACAACAAAUUCUGAACAUGUAACAACUACAUCAGCUAUAGUUGAAAUAAUAUCUAAAGUUUUUGGUAUAACCUGUUUGCCUUAUUUGAUUGACAAAUGUUUUGCCAUAACACAUUGUCAAUUAUCACAUCAAUUUAACGAUAGUGAUACAGUUUAUCAAUAUUUAAAUACAUUAGACAAAUUCACAGUAAACUUGGCCUAUCGCGUUCUCUAUAAUCAUUCGAAACUUUUUAUUAUAUAUUUUAAAGUAUUUUGUGCUUAUUACACAACUAAAAAUGAUCGCUCGAAGUUGCUGAAUAUGUUAAAUGAUUGUGAACGUUAUCCUGAAUAUGCGGAAUAUAUGAUGGACAUAUAUGAGUCAUUAGUUAAAUGUGGAUUCAGUCGUGUUAAUGCCUGCCGACAAAUAUUAAAACGUAUACGUGAAUUGACCUCGGACACGACUAUUAUAGAUGUGCUGAUCGCCAUAAUAAUGAAAUCAGAUUGGACAAUGUUUACGGAUUUUAUAGAGAAAUAUACACAAGAAAUGUAUAAAUAUAAUUAUCGUAUUGGUAUUCUAGAACAAAUGGCUCCGGCAGUGUUAAAUAGCAAAGGACCACAUCUAAAGCAGGUCUUUGGAAAAUGUGUACAAACAUUACAUUGUGAUGAAACAGGUCUUUUGCUUAAUUCUCCCAGUCUUAUACAAUGUGUGGCUCUACUAACCACCACCGCCGCCACCACCAGCAUUACGUAAUAAAUUGGCGAAAACUCAAUGCAAAAGAAUUUUUACUUUAUUAUUUUAUUUUAUGCCAUUAAGACGACCAAGCAAGAGAUGUACAAAAAACAAACGACGACGGUAUGUUGGAUUUUAUUUAUUUUUUAUUAUUAUUUUUUUAUAUUUAAAAACCUUUGAAGAAUUCUUUUAUUUGUU